AUCAGCUCCUCGAGGAGCUCAGAAAGUUACAAAUUUUCACAGACUCCACACCGGUUACGAAUUUUCGGUGAAUUUCUAACAUGAGGCAACCGCGGAGCAUAUCCUUUUCUGCGGUGCUUGCAUUGUGCUUGCUGGUUCUGUGCGAAAAUAGCUCCGCAAAUGAAGUGUUCGGCUGUGGGGGCUUUGUGAAAAAUGUCAACUCCGAUCUCGACUCGAGCAAAGUGGAAGUCGGGCUGUACACCCCACAGGGGAGUUUAAAAAUCAAAACUGAAUGUUCCCCCUCGAACGGGUACUAUUUUAUCCCGGUCUAUGAUAAGGGCGACUACGUGCUGAAGGUUAUCCCACCGCCCGGUUGGAGCUUCGAACCGGAGCAGGUUGAGAUCAAAUUCGACGGCCAGUCCGACGUGUGCAGCCAGGGUAAGGACGUGAAUUUCCUGUUCAAAGGAUUCGGUAUUACGGGCCGAGUAGAAUUCCAUGGUACAUCGCCGGCCGAGGGAGCGAAAGGUGUACGGGUGGAGCUUGUCGCUGAGGAUGGCGGUAAUACAUUUGGACAAACGACCACCAACGGCAAUGGAGUGUUUUCGUUCACUCCUAUCAAACCCGGUCGUUACGUGGUGAAGGUACAGCACCCGAAGUGGCACUUUGUCCACCCGGAGUACAAGGUUACGGUUGCGAAGGGCAAUACUGAGAUACCUUCCGGUGCACUGGUCGUUUCGGGUUACGACGUCGAGGGAAGUGUCUUCAGUGAUGGACAGCCGUUUGGUAAUGUGGGACUCUUUCUGUAUGAGGCGAAAAAUCAAAAAUCCAUGGUAAAAUGUUCAAACGAUAAGGAAACGAUUGUACUGGAUGCAGGCAACGCGGCCUACUCUUCGAAGCCACUCUGUUUCACCACACCGAACAAAAACACAGGCAGCUAUGUUUUCGCCGGUAUAUCCAAAGGAAAAUAUCUCAUUCGGCCGCACUUUAGCGAUAGUAAAAUCAAAUUCCACAUUCGUCCCGAAGUGCUCGAGCUCGAGGUUGGCAACGAUGGUUUACGGCUGCGGGAGAACUUUGAGGUGACCGGUUUUAGCGUAUCGGGUCGCGUGCUUAGCGCACCGGGUGGUCCAAGUGUUGCGAACGCUCAGGUUAAGCUAAAUGGUCGUGAAAUUGCACUGACCGGAUCGGACGGUACCUACACGCUGGACAACAUCCAGGCUGGAACGUACACGAUUCAGGUGACUGCAGAGGACUUCCAGUUCAAGGAUCAUAUCGUGAAGGUUUCGUUCGCAAACCCAUCACUGCCGGAUGUUGUUUCCUCCGCGUUUAAGGUGUGCGGACAUGUCGUGACGAAGUCGUCGUACACCGUCGUUAUAAACAGGAAGGGAUCCACGAUGAUGGUGGAGGUACCAAGCCAUGGCAGGACGAACGAAUGGUGCACUUUCCUGGAGAACGGCGAGUACACGGUGCAGGUGCAAACGACCGAACGGGACCGCGCCAGUGGUCUUCAAUAUUUCCCGGCGACGCAAAACAUUGAAGUUAACUACGAACCAUUGAAGGGGAUCGUCUUUUCACAGCUUCGUGCGACGGUAACGGGAGCUGUGCGCUGCCUUGCCGAUGCAUCUUCGUGCGAGGAUCUGCCCGUCACAUUGCAAGCGCUCGAUGUGAAUGGAAAUACGGUUGGCCUGCCGGUGACGGCUCAGGUGGUCCGCGGCUCGGGAAGCUAUAAGUUCGAAAGUGUGCUCCCGGGAAGCUACGAAGUGAGCGUCCCAAGCGGUAAACUCUGCUGGCAAUCGAACACCGUCAAAAUCAACAUCAAAUCGACCCAGGAAACGGUACCGGAUUUUGUGCAAACUGGCUACAUCGUGUCGGUGCUUUCUAGCCAUGGUGCAUCGAUGGCUUACCGGUGGAAGGGAUCAUCUCCAGCGGGUGGAGAAGCGAAGGAAGAGGAGAUCGUGCUAACCGCCGGCAUGAACAUGUUCUGCGUGAAGCGUGCUGGAGAGUACACAAUGCGACUGAGUGGUUGCCAUCGGUUUGACGAAGCGACCCCGUCGCAGUUCAGCACCGACAGCUCGGACCCGAUAGCCGUGAACGCCAAAAGCCACCGGAACGUAGUGAGACUGAUCGCUGACGAAAAGGAACGCUUCCACGUGCAGGUGCUGCGGGAUGGUGGGGCGACCAGCAACGAGGUGGUCGAGUUCGAACUGACCGGAGAACGGGACUCGGCGGGUGAAAGUGGUUACGUUUACCGUAAGGAAUUUUUCCUCGAACACGGCGAACGGAUCACGCUCCGUCCGCAGAGUGAAGUAAUGCUUUUCAACCCGACCCAGCUGGAAGUGAUGGGUGGAAACGAUUGUACGGAGGUCGGCUCAAAGUUGCGUGCCACGAAGGGAUUACUCAUAAACGGUCGCACUAACCCACCAGUCAAGGACGCUACCAUAACGCUGGUGUUUCCGAAGCACAUGGAGCAUGCACCACUGGUUGCGCUUACCGACGAGCAAGGAACGUUCCGAUUCGGUCCUAUCGAUCCCACGCUCCCGGUCGAACUGUCCGCUGAGAAGGAAUCGUACGUGUUCUCUGCCUACGACCGUGCCACAAGCUCGUUUAACGGACACAAGCUUUGUGAAAUCAUCGUUACGGUUAAGGAUGACGCUGGUAACCGGCUUCCGGGUGUUCUGUUGUCCUUGUCGGGGGCGGAAAGUUAUCGCAAGAAUCUAGUCACCGGGGAGGACGGAACGAUAAAGUUCCACUCGCUGUCUCCUAGCGAAUAUUACCUGCGGGCGAUGAUGAAGGAGUACGAAUUCCGACCGAACUCGAAGUUGAUCGAGGUACGUGAAGGGGCUACCGUGAUGGAAGAGCUGGUUGGCACUCGGACACAGUUUUCAAUCUUCGGUUCGAUCACUUCGCUCAACGGUGAACCCUUCCCGAACGUGGCGGUCGAGGCGAUGACGGACGAAAAAUGUGGCAACGCGCUCGAAGAGGCGACGAGCGAAUUCAACGGCCAGUACCGCAUUCGGGGCUUGACUCCCGGCUGUCAGUACCGUGUGAGCGUACGCACCGGUACCGGACCAUCGGCAACGGUUGACCGAUCGAUUCCCCGCCAGCGCGACGUCACCAUCGGCAAGACGGACACGCGUGACGUCAACCUGAUCGCCAUCAGUCCGCUCGCGUUCGUGGAUGUGACGGUGCGCGUAGUGGCGUCGGAGCUCGACCACUACAAAACGCUCAAGGUCGCGCUGUACAAGAAGGGCAGCGAUUCGCCGGUUCAUUCGCAGCGCAUCGAAUCACCGCUCAAUCCCAAGUCCAAGGUGAACCCCGGCAUUAUGGUGUUCUUCCCGCGCAUUCCCUUCGACGGCAAGAACUAUCACAUCGAGCUGACGUCGACGCUAUCGGAGAAAAGCUACCGCUACAGCCUUUCGGCGGUACCGUUUGUGGCCAACACGAGCAGUUUCUAUGCGGAGCUGCAGUUCACGCCGGAACUGCGCACAACGGAAGGUGAUCUCAAUCAGAGCUCGCUGUCGGCGAUCGUACUGAUCGCGAUCAUUGGUUUCGUGUUCUUCAAGCAAGAGCUUGCAUUCGAGCUUUUGGGCCUUCUGUGGGCCAAGGUGGGCACGGUUGCGGGCGGAUUGAUUAGCAGUAACAAAGCGACAGGGAAGGAUCUUAAGAACGACGCCGGGUACAUUGAUACACGCGAUAUCGAUGCACUCGCAUCCAACAUCGACGGUGUGAAGAAGAAGAAAACCAAAAAGGUUUCCUAAGCAAAGGAACCCAAUCGCGGCCUAUAACGGUAGGUAGCCAGGCGUGAUGCUCCGGAACAUUCCGGGUGAAAAAAGACUCAUACGAACGAGAAAAGUGUAACGCGAGUCGAAGUCGAACAAUUUUCGAAAUAAACAACCGGUGCGUGGUAGACAAAUUUAAACACUCGUUUUUAACGUUGAUUUUAAAGCUAAACUGAGAAUAGCCACCGAUUAAUGCAUAUCAUUUUUCAAUUAAACUUGGAAUCAAAUCAGUUGAAUUGUCAUCAUAUGAAAUUUUCCAAAAUUAUUAUUAUUCAUUUCAGGACGUUUCUUAAUUGAAUAGAGAUUUAAAAGGAAAAUAAGGAAAGAUUAAACAUCGUUAAAAAGUAUGACUUUAACAGUUUUUAAAUUAUUUCAUCUUUUAUUAAAGGUUUCUCG